UCCGGGCGGAGGCCGCGUGUAAUGUUCAAGCCCAGAAAUGCCUUAUGUGGAUCGGCAGAAUCGCAUUUGUGGUUUUCUAGACAUUGAAGAAAAUGAGAACAGUGGGAAAUUUCUUCGACGGUAUUUCAUCCUGGAUACCAGAGAGGACAGCUUCGUAUGGUACAUGGAUAAUCCACAGAACUUGCCUUCGGGAUCAUUACGGGUUGGAGACAUUAAACUUACCUACAUUUCAAAGGUUAGUGAUGCAACCAAGUUAAGGCCAAAGGCAGAGUUCUGUUUUGUUAUGAAUGCAGGGAUGAGAAAAUACUUCCUACAAGCCAAUGAUCAGCAAGACUUAGUGGAGUGGGUAAAUGUCUUGAACAAAGCUAUAAAAAUUACAGUACCAAAGCAAUCAGACUCACAGCCGGCUUCUGACAGCCUGAGUCGCCAAGGUGACUGUGGCAAGAAGCAAGUGUCUUACAGAACUGAUAUUGUUGGUGGUGUUCCCAUCAUCACUACAACACAGAAAGAAGAAGUAAAUGAAUGUGGUGAAAUUAUUGACAGAAACAAUUUGAAACGGUCCCAAAGCCAUCUUCCUUACUUUGCUCCUAAGCCACCUCCAGACAGUGCAGUUAUCAAAGCUGGAUAUUGUGUGAAGCAAGGAGCAGUGAUGAAGAACUGGAAAAGAAGAUAUUUUCAAUUGGAUGAAAACACAAUAGGCUACUUCAAAUCUGAACUGGAAAAGGAACCUCUGCGGGUAAUACCACUUAAAGAAGUUCAUAAAGUCCAAGAGUGUAAGCAAAGUGACAUAAUGAUGAGGGACAACCUGUUUGAAAUUGUAACGACGUCUCGAACUUUUUAGGUGCAGGCUGAUAGCCCUGAAGAAAUGCACAGUUGGAUUAAAGCAGUCUCUGGCGCCAUCGUAGCACAGCGGGGACCUGGCAGAUCAGCAUCUUCUGAGCAUUCCGGCUGCCCUUCAGAAUCCAAAUACACUGUCCGUCCUGCCGGGGCAGCAGCAGCCACCUCACAUUCCGCAGCCUCUCGCAGCCACUCUCUGGUCUCAAGCUAUACCAUGGAGAAGCGAGGAUUUUACGAAUCUCUUGCCAAGAUCAAGCCAGGGAACUUCAAGGUCCAGACUGUCUCUGCAAGAGAAUCAGCUUCCAAAGUGACUGAACAAGCUCUGCUUAGACCUCAGAAUAAAAAUGGCCCUCAGGGAAAAGAUGGUGAGCCAGUGGACUUAGAUGAUGCCAGCCUGCCAGUCAGUGAUGUGUAAGGCUGCCUGCCCCACUCAUCCCUCAGUGUCCUUUCGUGAGGAUUCUAGCCAAAGAUGAUAGAGGAUGAAUGGUUUCAGUGCAUAUAUUAUAUUGUGUCUUGGGUGUACUCUAUAAACUGGCAAACCAAGAAUCUAGGGAGUGGCCAAGUUAAUGUAAUUUCUUUAAGAAAGGAAGGAAAAAAGCCGUGUCCGUAUCAACUGUUUGAAGCUUUAUGUGUUUGGGUGGUAAAAAUGUGUGUGUGACUUUUUUUUCUAGUGACUUUGAAAUUUUAAAUAACAACUUAAAACAUUAAAAUUUCUUAUUAUUUGGUCAUUUAAAAAUGCUAAUAUGACUCCCUAUGAAAUACUCAAUAUUUACACAUUCUUAUCAGUUAACAUUAUCAAACAGAACAUUGCCAGACAAAAAUUCUUAAACUCAUGAUGUUUGUGGUGCUGCAAAAUUUAUAUUGCAAUGUGGAUUAUAUAGAAAUUCUAACCAUUUUUGAUAUCAGGUGAGUGGUAAAUUUUGCAUAGAAGAUUUGAUUAGACUGUUGGUGCAGGAAGGGGUUGAACAGGGGUGGAGCAGCAAAGGUGAGGGAUUAGAGUUAAGCUAUAGCUAAGGUUUUUUCUUUUUGGUGAGGACUUUUUUUUGAGACAGGAUUUCUUUGUAGCCAUGUCUGUCCUGGAACUUGUGGUGAUCCUCCUGCCUUUGCUGCCUCCCAAAUUAUAGGCAUGUGUUACACAGUGUGAUACUUGUAGAAUUUGCACCUAUCAGUAUUUUAUUUCAGUAAAAAUUAUUUGGUCAUAAAUUUUGGGAAGAUAUGAUUUUUUUUUUCAAGACAGUUUCUUUAUGUAGUCCUUGCUGUUCUGGAACUUGUUCUGUAGACCAGGCUGGCCUAAAACUCACAGAGAUCCUCCUGAGUGCUGGGAUUAAAGGCAUGUACCACCAACGUCCAGCUGAUUUUUUUUUUUUUUUUGUAAAUAGAUCUUAUUUUUGAGUUUGGAUUAGUGAAAGACCUCUUGGUUCAUAUGUGAAGUCAUAACUGCCCUUAGUCAUGAAAUUGUUGUGGCCUCUACUUUUUCAUCAUCAAUAACCUAUAUUCAAGUGCCUGUGUCUUCUCAUCUCAUUUAGGAUGUG